ACCGCACGUGAGAUGCCAUCACAUAAUGUGCAACCUGGGAUGGAGGGCGAACCGGUUGAUCAAAAUCAGGAGGCAAAUGAGUGUCGACGAGAUUUUAUGGGAUGCCAAAUUGCUUUGAAUAUAGAAAGUGGUUUAAUAAUGGUCUCGAGACCCUCUGAUCAACAUGGAGAAAGGAAUACAUCAACCGCAUGAGAGAUGCCAUCACAUAAUGUGCAGACUGGGAUAGAGGGUGCACCGGUUGGUCAAAAUCAAGAGGCAAAUGAGUUUCGACCAGAUUUUACGGAAGGCUCAAUUCCUUUGAAUGCAGAAAAUGGUUUAAUAAUAGGUAAUUCCUUUGGAUGGCCAAGCCAAGUGAAUGAUCAAUCAACUUUGUCCAAUCCUCAUGUUGUAGUUCCACAACCUCAAAUAACAUCGUUGCAAAGUGAGAGUAGGGGAGGUUCAAUAGAUUUGAGGAAUUCUGUAGCUUCACAAGCAGAGCUCUUUUCGGACGGACAUAUCUCUGGGUCUAGUAAUUUGGCAUUUCCUACACGGUCUGAUCAAGCGGCUCCUAGUCAACAUGUUGAAGGUCAAUCAAUGCAGUCCACUGUUUACCCAGAUGACAAUGCUUUUCCGUUUUCAUUACAAGAGCCUAUUCCGGGGGGACAUGCCAUUGAAUCUCUUAACCGGAUUGCGAUGUUUAAGGCAUUUUAUGGGGAGCAUACCAUAUUAAAGUUCUUGUUCCCUCUCACAUCGGGAAUUGUUGAUCUGAAGAAAGAAGUGUCAAAGAGACUGAAUGUUGAGGUUGAUAGGUUCGAGGUUAAGUAUAUGGAUGAGUAUGAGCACUUGAUUUCAAUACUUUGCGAUGAUGACUUGAGGCUCUGUCUUAGGAGCUUUCGGGGGAAUGAUGAAAUCAGAGUGUUAGUUCUUGAUAAGGUUGGUGGGACCCCGAACUUUUGUGAAAAGUGCAGAUCAUCGAUGCAGACAAGAGCAUAGGUAUGUUAAGUUCUGGAUAUUAUUACAUGGUUUUGACCAGUUCCAUUUUUCUGGGGCUUUUGUGGAACGAUCAACGAAACAUUCCCUUUGCCAGAUUUUGCCCUCAAAACCCGCUGAAUGAGAACAUUUGCAACAGUGCCCUCUCUAGUAUGGCGUCUCUCUUUUUUAUCCUGCCCUUAUUUUUUUUUUUUCUGAAAUUAGAUGGUGAUACGUGUUAUAAAUCACAUUUAGUAGUUUCUUUUAUAGUCUUUUUUUUUUCUUGUGACCUUUUGGCACAAUAUUUCAAUGAUAGUCUCGAAUCUCGAUGGUUUCAAAAUGAAUCUG